AUGAAUUAAAAAAAAGGAAAGGCUAUCCCUAUGUAAACACUUAGUUUUACAAUCACAAAUCAAUUACCUCAAAUACAAACCCAAUCUUUGACUUAAGUUAAUAAUCAAAUUUAAACUGUCCAAUCAGCUAAAUAACCUCCAAAACCAUAAAAAAUGUUUUCUGAUUAUAUGAAACAAUUAAUGUAAAAUCCAGAAACAAAGAAAAUCUAUGAAGAUGCAAAUAAUAAAGUUGCAACACCUUUAAUUGAAGACUAAAAGUAAUAAUAAUAAUAAUAAUAAUAAUAAUAAUCAAAACCAUUUUCAAUUAAAUAAUCUUAAACUUCUAACAGUUUCACCACUAAUGGUAAUUCAACCAAAAAACCAUUUAAUUAAUUUUAUGAAUAAUCCAAAGUUAGAACCAUCAAUGAAUCAAUUCCCAGACCUUAAUCAGAGAAAAGAUAACAAGAUAAUCAUAGUUAUGUUUCAACACAAAAAUCUGAAGAAAUAUCUAAUGAAAUUGAUAAUAAGAGUGUUAAAUCUGAAACAUUUAGUAUUUCUAAAUCUUCAUAAGAUCUACCUGAUUCUAAUUCUAAAUAUGUCAAAAAGAAAAGAUAAGAAAUUAAAUUUGAUUCUGAUGUAUGGGUUAAAAAUGAAGCACCUAAAUAUAAAUUAUAAAAUAAAGAAUACAAGGAUAUUAUGAAUUAAGUUGAAUAAAUGGUGGAAUCAAGAGAAUUAUCUAGAUAAAAAUAAUUAAAAGAAUUUGAAGGCUUUAUUGAUAGUAGAUAGACAUCUAGAACAUAAAAUAAAUAAUAAAUUAAUGAAGAAUAAGAAUUGGAGAAUCAAAUUCAAAUGUUAGCAAUUGAAUUAGAUUAAGUAGAAAAAAUUGAAUUAGAACAAAAAACAAAAAGUGAUAUACAAAGAUUUUAAUAACUAUUAGAUAAACCAUUAGAAAAUGAUUCCUAAUUCUCAUAAUUAUCACUUAAAUAAAGAUCUAUGUUUAUUACAGAAUUAUUACGUAAUAGAGAAUAAUUUAAGGCUAAAAUUACAGGAUAAUAAUCAGAAUCUGAAUCUCCCCUUAAAUUUUAGAAAUUAGAUAAUUAAGAAUAAUAUAUUGAAUAAAUUGAAAAGAAAAUUGAAAAGUAAUAAGAAAAUUUAGAAAAAAUAGCAAAAUGUAAAUUACCUAAUGAAUAUUAAUUAAGAUUGGAUUCAUUAUUAUUAGAUAUUGAUAAUUUUAAACAAAAUUCAAUUAAAAAUUAUUCAAAUCCAUUUUAAAUUCCUAAAGAAAAGUUAAUAGAAAUACAUAAAAAAAUUAAAAAACUCAAUCCUAAAUUUGUAGAAGAUGCUGAUCUAGAAUUUGACAAGAAUUGUAUGCUACCAAAAGAUCCUAUUUUAAGAAAGGAAGCUAUAGAUAGAAUCCUGGAAAUAAAAACAUAAGAAGUUAACUCAGAAAUCUUACAAUUAGUUUCUAAAGGAAAUAGUUUAGAAGAGAGACCUAAAAUGUAAUAAUUGAUUGAAUAAAUAAAAAAGAAAACUUCAUAUACUCCAAGUGAAUUCUUGAAAUAAAAAAUGAAAUAAUUUGAUGAGCUUUCCAAAAAUAGUUCAAAUUGUGCUUAAGAAUUAACUACUAUAUAAUGUAAUUCAAUGUUAAAUGAAUUCUCUGAAUAUAAAAAAUAGUUAGAUAUAGCAAUAAAAUAGAAUUAUGAAUUAUUAAAUUAGAGUAAGGAAUAAGAUCUAUCAAAUGAAUUAGAGGUCUUACAUGAAUAUUAACAAAAAGUUUAAAAUCUAUAAAAUGAAUACUAAUAAGUCCAAGAUUUUAUAGAAAAAUUCACUUUGGAUUACUCAUUACCUACUAUUAAAGAAGAAGAUGAAUAAAAUGAAGAUUUGAAAAUUUAAAUUGAAUAGCAAACAUAACCUCUCUAAUCAAUUGAAGAAUUAGACUAGGAAAUUACAAGAAAAGUUAGAGAAUAGCAUCCAGAACUUUUUGAAGAAUGA